AAAUGUAGGUGGGUAUAUUUGGGUCAUUCCACUAAUUAUGGAAUUAAUAAUUUGUGCCGGAGACAAAUUAACAACAAACAACAAAUUUAAAAAAAGGAGCAAGUCAAAUCGAGCGGCCAAUUUUAUAGAAGUCUUGAGAGCGGUCAUAAGAACUGCGAUUUGUGAAUAUUAGUAGUAGUAGUACGGCUCGGGCUGCUUAUUCUAACACUAUACACCCAUAAAGCGCUGCUGAUGCCAGAAAACCAGCGAUUCCUUUGCUUUUCAAAUGUAUACGCUAUUCAAUGGAUUUUACAAAUAUUUGGUGCAAAAAGACGAGUAUUUUGUUCUUAUACUUGGGCUUGACAAUGCCGGAAAAACUACUUAUCUUGAGGCUGCUAAAACAAAAUUCACGAAAAAUUACAAGCGUAUAAAUCCUACGAAAAUAACGACUACGGUGGGAUUGAAUAUUGGAAAAAUUGAUAUCGCUGGUGUGCGCUUGAAUUUUUGGGAUCUUGGUGGACAAGAGGAACUCCAAUCAUUGUGGGAUAAAUAUUAUGCAGAGUCUCACGCUGUCAUUUACAUUGUUGAUUCUUCGGAUCGUGCUAGAAUUCCAGAUUCCAAAGAAACUUUUGAUCGUGUGAUAUCUUCCGAACAUUUGAUGGGUGUGCCACUGUUGGUUCUAGCCAAUAAACAAGAUAUUACAGACUGCAUGGGAGUCAGAGACGUUAAACCUAUUUUCAAUCAAAAUGCCCAUUUAAUUGGGCGAAGAGAUUGUAUGGUUAUGCCUGUGUCUGCUUUGAAUGGUGACGGAGUUGAUGAAGGGAUCCACUGGCUGGUCGAUUGUGUCAAGAGAAACAGUGACGUUAGACCUCCACGAAAUCAAGAUGAUAAUUAUUUAUCGUAAAUAUAAAAACACGCGUCAACUUAGCUUGCAUGUUCAAUUAUUUUAUACGAAAAUAACUAUUGGGAUAUGGGUGGAUGUACGAAAAAAUAAGAAAGAAAAAUAAUUCUUCAUAUGUUUAUGACCUGGGUGCACAAACGUUUUUUCGAUUAAUGUAUCACUUUAUCAAAGAAGGAACCUGGAUAGGAAAGUCACAAUGAGCAGACAGGAGGGGGAAGAGUAGAUAUAUACACCGAUGGUGGAAUCUGGUACAUUAGAAGAUUGUGGUUUCAAUGGUAACUGAUAUUAAGUCACCCAGAUAAGAGAUAGCAAAUCGAGCACACCUUCGUACCUUGAGCAUUCACAUGAUCGACCAUAACGAGCUUUUUCUCUUUUGUCUUGGCUCAGUUACAUAACAAGAAAAUUUAUAUAUAUACAAGUAGUAAAUAUAUUUUGCAUUUUCAAUGAUUAAAUCAAAGUGGUAAAAUUUAUUUGAUAUACGUUCUGUGGAACUGAGCCUAAUACACGCGACACUUACGAAUUUCAUUCAUUUCCGGAUCAAAAUGUGGUAUUAUGAACCAGAGGACUGGAGUGUAUUGCCCCCUGAGCUUAAUAGAAGGUAAAUACUUCAUUACGUUAGUACGAAUGGAUAAUUGUGCGAAAAGUUGUACCUUUUAUAAUUAAUUCUCAAAAAAGCCGUUUAGAUUGGAACCGUUGAAUAUAUCAAUCCAAGUAUUUUGAAAUACAGCAAUAGAGAAGGCCGUUUUCCGAUAUUGAUUGUGAGUAUAUUGAGAGUACGUGUUUUGGUAUAGGGCUUGCAUAGUACUCACAGUCAAUAUCGGAACCCACCCAUAAAAACGGUAUUGAUGUAUUGAUAAUCUGUGUAGUAAUGCAAUGACAAAUUUUUCGUAUCAGCGAAGAAUUUAGCUUGUUCGUUCACGAUAAUAAAAAACAAUCUUGCAACGUCA